CAGUACGCAUCUCCCCUUCCUGCGACAUCCCCUCCCCAUACGUCCUCUUUCUACACAGGUUCUCCUUGUAACACCCUUAAAUCCCUUUUUACUUCGAUCACUCGGUAUUUAAGUAUACCUGAACACCAAGUUUUCACAUUUAAUUUGGUUAUUACCGACCGCCAACAUUAUUCCUAAAAUGCCUGGAUACAACGAUAGAGAUCGCGGUCGUGACAGAGGUGGUGCACCUCGCUUUGGAGGUAGUAGAGGUGGUCCCUCUGGCAAGUUUGGAAAUCCUGGCAAGUUUGGAAAUCCUGGUGAUAGGCUUAUGAAGAAGAAAUGGAACCUGGAUGAACUCCCAAAGUUUGAAAAGAACUUCUAUCAAGAAGCUCCAGAUCUCUCAAGGCGUACACUGCAAGAAGUUGAACAGUAUAGAAGAAGUAAGGAGGUCACUGUUAGAGGUCGCAACUGUCCUAAACCUCUUCUUGCUUUCCAUGAAGCAAACUUUCCAGCAAACAUCAUGGAAGUUAUUAAGCGACAGAACUUCACUGAACCAACUCCAAUCCAAAGCCAGGGUUGGCCAGUAGCUCUCAGUGGCCUGGAUAUGGUUGGUGUUGCCAUGACUGGAUCUGGAAAAACACUUUCUUACUUGCUCCCUGGAAUUGUCCACAUAAAUCAUCAACCUUUCCUGCAACGAGGGGAUGGGCCAAUUCUCCUGGUGCUGGCACCAACUAGAGAAUUGGCUCAACAAGUACAGCAAGUCGCAGCAGAAUAUGGUAGAGCUUGUCGUUUGAAGUCCACCUGUAUUUAUGGAGGAGCUCCUAAAGGGCCACAAAUUCGUGACUUGGAAAGAGGUGUUGAAAUAUGCAUUGCUACACCUGGCCGGUUAAUUGACUUCUUGGAAGCUGGAAAAACCAAUUUGAACAGAUGUACAUACCUGGUGCUUGAUGAAGCUGACAGAAUGCUUGAUAUGGGUUUUGAACCACAGAUUAGAAAAAUAGUUGAUCAGAUACGGCCGGAUCGCCAAACACUCAUGUGGAGUGCAACAUGGCCCAAAGAAGUGAGACAGCUUGCAGAGGACUUCUUAAAAGACUACAUUCACAUUAACAUUGGUGCCCUGGAACUAAGUGCAAAUCACAACAUCCUUCAGAUUGUAGAUGUUUGUAAUGACGGGGAAAAAGAUGACAAGCUUGUUCGUCUGAUGGAAGAAAUAAUGAGUGAAAAAGAAAACAAGACCAUAGUAUUUGUAGAAACAAAGAGGCGAUGUGACGAACUUACACGCCGGUUAAGAAGAGAUGGAUGGCCUGCAAUGGGAAUCCAUGGUGACAAAAGUCAGCAGGAACGUGACUGGGUUUUAAAUGAGUUCAAACAUGGAAAAUCACCUAUCCUGAUUGCUACUGAUGUUGCUUCUAGAGGUCUAGAUGUAGAAGAUGUGAAAUUUGUCAUCAAUUAUGACUAUCCUAACUCCUCUGAGGACUAUAUCCAUCGCAUUGGAAGAACAGCCCGCAGUAGCAAAACGGGCACAGCAUAUACCUUCUUUACACCCAACAACAUAAAACAAGUAAACGACCUGGUGUCUGUCCUUAGAGAAGCAAAUCAAACUAUCAACCCAAAGCUGCUUCAGCUUGUUGAGGACAGAGGACGCUUCAGAGGCAGAGGCAUGAAUGAUCGUCGUGACAGAUACUCUACAGGCAAGCGGGGUGGGUGGGAUAAUAGGGAAAAUUAUGACCGUGGGUUCGCUGGCAAAAGAGACUUUAACAAGCCAAAUGGCUUUGGAAAUCACAAUUUUGGAAACAACAACUCCUUCAGCAAUGGAUAUGGCACAAAUACAAUGCAGACAGGUUUCAGAGCUGGUAACCAGACUGGCACACAACCUGGUACAUUCCAAAAUGGAUUUAACGCCCCUCAACAACCACCACAACAGUUUCCAACCAUGCAGAAUGGGAUGAACCAACAAGCAUAUGGCUAUCCAACUGCACCUGUCAAUACACAGGCUGGCCCAAUGAUAGGUUAUCCAAUGACCAACACAUACCCUCCUCCCCAGUAACAUGUUAAGUAAAUGUAUUUUAUUUUGUUUAUUUUUCCAUUCUUGCUCUUUAUAUUGUGUUACAAUGACAGGAUAGUUAUUUAAGUCUCUUCAGAAAAUGCAGAAAUGACUGCCGUGCAGCAACGACUAUGGCGCACUUUCACUAUUUAAGUUGACUUUCUCUACAUUCCUGAAGCAAUUUUAGUUUUUUGUACUAGAAAAUGCAGCCAGUGUUUUCACAAGUAAAUGUACAGUGAGUUGAAGUACUGUAUCGGAGGCAACGCAUGGCCUUCUAAUAAAGAUCAUUUAACUGAACUCUUA